GGGCUUUUGGGCGAUGCAGGGACUGGCUGCGGCUUUGCAGCAUCAGAACACAAAACUUCGACCUCGACCUUCCGCCGACCCGGGCGCGUGCCUUGCUGCUGCCCCGUCUCGCCCGCCUCGCCCGUCUCGACCCCCCCGCGACUUGCCACAGAGCAGCCUUUGCGGUGUGGCUCAUCCCUCGUUUCCACCUGAGCCUGAAACCGCCGACGCGACUCGCAGCCGCCGCCCGUCGUUAAGACUACACCAUCGCCCGCGCUCUUCCUCUUAUCAUGCCUUGAGCCUCCCUCUCCGAGCCGCCCUGCAGCACCAUGAACGCUUGCUCCGACGCCGCAGACGCGCCCGCCAGCAGCGAUCGGCGCAUCUCCACAUCGCCACCCACCUCGCCUGCGGAGAACACAGACAUGAAGAAGCUAUCCCUCGAGGACAUGGACCACGUCGAUGAGCUACCCGCUGCUGCCGCAACGCCGAUGCACCCAGAGACGCCGCGCCGCCUGACAGACCCGACCCUGUCGGCCCUCCUGCAGCCCCAACAGUCCCCCAUGCCGCGAAACCGCUCCCCCUAUACUCGGAACCAUCUGCGCUCCAGCUCUCUGAACGUCCCAGUCAUGACGCGAGCUCAUUCCUCGCCCACUGUGAUAGGUCCCUCUGGUCAUUUGACUUUCGCCUCAGUGCCGAGGCCCUCUAGUCCGAUGCGCUCACCUGCGCGCGUCCGUGGUCCUCCCAAGCUGAGCGGUGACGAGCCAUAUCCGCACCCGAGCAAUUCAAGCGCCUCAGAUAUCGGCAGCAUCUCAGAAGACAGGGAAUUGAACUUCGUGCCCCGUUCAACUACCGAUCGUGUGGCGGAGAACCUAUCAUCCUUCUCCCAUUAUGCUGGCAAUACCUUCCCGCGUCAACGACGGCGUCCUACCUCUCCUUUAUAUCACCCCUCCAAUGCUCCGUUUGGCUAUUCCAGCGCUCCAUCGACUCCUUCGCAUGCUUCGCCACCGCUGCCGUCGGCUAAAUUCAACGAGUCAUUUCCCCAGAACAUCAGUUACCCCAGUUCUUUUUCCUCCUCAUCUGUCCCCUCGACGCCAACAUCAAUCCGCUCUCGAAGCCCUAGCAUCUCCAGUCUCGAGACCAUUCCCGACACCCCUGACGCAGAAGAAGCUGCCAUUGAGGCCGACAGAAUCGCCAAGCUGGAAGCCGCAGCGAAAGCCGCCGAGGGAGGAAAUGACGGCAUGAGAAGAAGCAGUCUCGAUGUUCCCCGCGUCCGUAAUGCUGGCUUUGGCGCAGGCAGCAGGGACAAGAGAAAGCGAUGGAGUGUCUGCGGAGCCGAAAAAAGAGGCGACCUUGACCUGGAAACCAUCUGGGAGGACUAGUCCCUCAAAACUCUAACACUGAAGCAGCUAGACUUCGCUCUCCGGUUAACUACGACAACACCGUGAUAGGUGGUUUCUAUAUGCAUACGCGCGCUCACAGCGCUCAAGGAGUUCAUCGGGAGGAUUAUCUGGGCUUUUGCUAAGACUUGGGCAUGGUUAGUUGAUGGGAUGUAACCUGGCGUUUUUUGGUUUCUUUUGGCGGGAGCUUUGCAAGCAACACAAGCGACCACAGUACAUGAGAAGCAUGAUACCCAGUCGUUGUGCAUUUCUUUCGUCAAUUUUGAAGAUCGGCUGGGUAUCCAGACCUUGCGAACUACUAGAACAAAUGAAUACAUGAC